AUGCUCAUGAGUCCGAACCGGGCAGUGGGGUGGGGCAUCGUUCUCACCCUUCUGCUCAACAUCAUAGGCGUGGCUCUGGGCUUGCGCUGGCUCUAUGCUGCUGGUCCAUCAAGCAACAACUCAUCGUCCAACGGGUGUGUUGAUCGGCGCGUCGGCCAAGCGAGGUCAAGUUCGCGCUCGCUGACCGUCGCAAAGCUCGUCUCUCUCAGCUACGCCGCUUCGCGCGCCACGUACACCAAAGUCAACAAGUGGUUGGUGAGCUCCACGUCGCGCUGCUUCGAGGGACCUACCAGACCGUUCUGACGUAAGCCUUUGCUAUUGGCUCAUGAGGUGAUCACCAUGAUGGUCAUCGUGUAAGUGUCGCUCACAAAGUCUCUUUACAUCCACGACACACGAUUGACCUGGGUACCAAUGCAGCACCGCGGACACCGUUCAGCUCAGCAUCUUGUUGGAUCGCCUGUUUGUGACCACUGUGCCCUUUGAUCAUCAUGGCAUGCCGUAAGUAUCUUGCAGCCCCGACGACCUUUUUUCUAGGCUGAUUUCGCCCCUCUGGUCUUUUCGUCGCUGGUCAGUUUCAGCAUUCCUGUGGGCUCGUGGCUCUCCGCCUGCUGCUCUCUCUGUGGUCAAAUCUACUACAUCCAACUUUGCGUCCUCGUCUGCAAGGCUGGCCGCAAGUGGCGCGUCCUCGGCUGUAAGCACAAUCCGGGGUGCAACGGGUAGCAUGGCGCGCUGACAGGCCGAAUUUCAUUGCCAUUGCCGCACCACGCAAGUGUCCUGGGCUUGCCUGACCUUCAUCUUCCAGUCCCUCCUAUCAAUUCUCGUAUAUCUUGACCGACGAACACCAGAAUUCUACUACAGUCGAAUGGUCAGAGGUGCGACGAGGCUGUCACCGUCUUCCACGCUGCGAGGCAACAUGCAAGCUGACAACCCUCGUGCACAUCCUCUAGCCCUCGCGUGCCUCUAUUGCUCUUCCAAAGCCGCUCAAGAUGUUCUCCUUGCGGUGACGUUGGCGGUCAGGAUCCUGUGAGUGGCUCAGAGACCGAUGUGUAGUCGGUCUUGAUGCUCAGCGACUCGUACAACCCCACCCCAGUGCUCUGCACAGAGAGCUAGUACCCAGUCACGGCUUGCAUUGCCCAACGCCAGUUCGGCGCUUUGCCAAGUGGUUCGUGCUGGCAUUUGAGAUGUCUCUCAUCACCGCCUUGUGGUCGUUGGCUGGAAUGGCCAUGUAAGUCGAAGUGUUCAGUGGCGGUGGGAAGAGGUCUGUUGCGCUCACCCGGUUCGUCAUGCAUCAGCAGGUUCUUGGCCCCUGCCUACCUAGUCGAGUGUAUUCUCGUCUUCUCGCACGGGGCGAUGAUGUUGAUCGCUGUAGUGAGCGCUGGCGCGAAUGUCGAGUGGGGCAGCAUUUGA